UAUAUCGAUCUUCAGAAUAAUCGAUACGAUAUUGAAAUUACUAGUUUCACGUGGGUUUAUUGCUUUUAAGGUUCCGGAUCUAUUGUUUUUAAAGAUUUCUUGAAAUUUUAACAAUGGCGUUAAAGAGAUUGAAGACCAGAAAGUCCAAAAGGCUGUCUGGAUGUUUAAAACAUAAGAUUGAAAAGAAAGUGCGUGAACAUAAUCGAAAAAUUCGUCGAGAAGAAAAGAAAUCUAAGAAGGGAAACAAAAAACAAAAACUAAUUCAAGUACCAAAUAUUUGUCCAUUUAAAGAGGAUAUCUUGAAGGAAGUUGUGGAAGCCCAAAAGAGGCAAGAGGAGGAGCGCAUACGUCGACGUGAAGCAUAUAAGCAAAAGCGCAAUGAUGAAAAAUCCAAAAGCCUCGAGGAUUUGGUGGAAGAUGCAAAUUUACGGGGCAAUGCGCAUUCGGACAUUUGUACCGAUUACAUCGUUGUUGAGGUAAAUUACGAUUGCUGAAUAAUACAUUUAUAGGGAAU